AACAAGAAUAGUUACAACACAAAAAACAAGCUUGAGGCGGCAGUCCAAGCCAAUUAUAUAAGCCACGAGCCACCAACUUACAGGUCCUUUUGUACAGAAAAGAACUACACAUACAUCAUCACGAUUCCCUCCAUAAAUUUCACCACCGGUUCUCCAUUUCUCCUCCCUUCUUCCCCUGAGAACUCGCUCAAACCCAUGGAGCCUGCCUUCCGUCGCCAACGAGCCACCAGCAGCAGCAGCCUCGCGCUCCUCCUCCUGCUGCUCUCGUUCAUCUCCGCCUGCUCAUUCCUCCCUCCGGCCCGCGCCCAGUCCACCGCCUUCACGAGCACCGGCGUCGACGGCAAGGAGUUCCGCACGUUCUCCUUCCCCAGCUUCGACAAGUCGCUGCUGCAGCUCCCAAACAACCUGACCUUCUCCCCCAACUCCACCGUGAGCCAGAACGCGCUGCAGAUCACCCCCGACAGCAGCAACAACCCGGAGAAGUUCCUCGUCAACCACACGGGCCGCGUCCUCUUCGCCACGCCCUACGUGCUCUGGGCCGCCGACGCCUCCAACGCCUCCGCCGACGGCCGCCGCGUCGCCUCCUUCUCCACCGUCUUCAAGGUCAACCUCUACCGGGUCAACGAGACCUCCAAGGGAGAAGGGCUCGCCUUCGUCGUCGCGUCGACCGGCGACGUCGUGCCGCCCCCGGGCAGCCACGGAGGGUACCUGGGCCUCACCAACGCGUCCACCGAUGGCAACGCCACCAACGGGUUCGCGGCCGUGGAGCUGGACGCCGUGAAGCAGCCCUACGACCCGGACGACAACCACGUCGGCAUCGACGUGAACGGCGUCCGGUCCUCCAGGCACGCCGCCUCGCUCACGCCCUUCGGUAUCCAUCUCGCGCCCAAUGACAUCAAGGUCGACGACGGCAACUACAUGGUCUGGGUCGAGUACAACGGCACGUCGCGGCACGUGUGGGUGUACAUGGCCAAGAACGGGAGCAGGCCGGGGACCGCCGUGCUCGACGCGCCGCUGGACCUCUCGGCGGUGCUCCUCGGGAAAAAGGCCUUCUUCGGCUUCUCGGCGUCCACGGGCGUGCAGUACCAGCUCAACUGCGUGCUCAUGUGGAACAUGACGGUCGAGGUUCUCCCCGACGACGGCGGCGGCAAAACCAGUAAGCCGGUUUUGACCGGCUGGAAGCUCGGGUUGGUCGUCGGCGUGCCGUCCGCCGUUGCCCUGGCAUUCGUGCUGUUGGCCGGGCUGUACGUCGUGAAAAGGCGGAGGAAGAUCCGGGACGACCCGAGCUCGGUGUUCCGUAAGAACACCUUUGAUUUCAGGAGCAUCCCUGGGGUGCCCAAGGAGUUCGAGUACAAGGAGCUGAGGAAAGGGACCAACAACUUCGACGAGAAGAUGAAGCUGGGGCAGGGAGGGUAUGGUGUGGUGUACCGCGCCACCGUGCUCGGAGAAAAUGGCCAGAGCGUGCAGGUGGCCGUGAAGCAGUUCUCCGGAGCCAACACCAAGGGGCAGGAGGACUUCCUUGCUGAGCUUAGCAUCAUCAACCUCCUUCGGCACCGCAAUCUCGUCAAGCUCCUCGGUUGGUGCCACCAGAACGGCGUGCUGCUGCUGGUGUACGACUUCAUGCCCAACGGCAGCCUGGACAGGCACCUCUUCGGCGGGCCCGAAUCCCCGGUCCUGACCUGGGAGCAGCGCUACAACGUGGUGUCCGGCGUGGCCUCCGCCCUGAACUACCUCCACCACGAGUACGACGCCCGCGUGAUCCACCGUGACAUCAAGCCGUCCAACAUCAUGCUGGACGCCGCCUUCAACGCCAGGCUCGGCGACUUCGGGCUGGCGCGGGCGCUGGAGUCCGACAAGACAUCCUACACGGACAAGAUCGGCGUCCCGGGCACGCUGGGCUACAUCGCGCCCGAGUGCUUCCACACGGGCCGGGCCACGCGGGAGUCGGACCUCUUCGGCUUCGGCGCCGUCAUCCUGGAGGUCGUCUCCGGCCGCCGCGUCACCUGCAGCAACCAGGCCGGGUGCAGCCAGCUGCUGGAGGCCGUGUGGAAGCUCCACGGCGCUGGGCCGGGCCGGAUCCUGGACGCCGUGGACCCGAGGCUGGGCGGGGCGUUCGACGAGGGGGACGCCGAGCGGCUCCUGCUGCUGGGCCUCGCCUGCAGCCACCCGAACCCCGGGGAAAGGCCCAGGGCGCGCGCCGUGGUGCAGAUCCUGGCGCGCUCCGCGCCGCCGCCCGACGUGCCGACGGAGAAGCCGGCGUUCAUGUGGCCCGCUCUGCCGGUGGCGAUCGAGGACGAGGAUGACGUGGGCUUGCCGACGUCGGGGAACAGCACGGCCGUGACGACGAACUCCUCGUCGUCGUACUACGCGUCGUCCUCCGGGUGGACGCAGCACUACCAGGUGACGACCCGGGAGCACGACGUGACGGACAGGGACAAUCCAACGGUGUGAGACAGACCAGAGCCGACCAGGAUCGGAGUCAGAUGGCACGUGGGAUCAAGACUGGUCAGGGUUUUGGUAACUUCGGUCGUUGGCCAUGUUCUAUUAUUCACGAUCGUGAGUUGGUGACAGCAAUGCGUGCAUGCCUGGCAAACAAAGAGUAGAACGAUGCUAAUAUGUAAAUAGUGUGUCCGGCCAGGUUGCGAAUGAAUGAUGUCUAGCUUUUCGUUUCUGGUUUUAAGCGAGGACUAUGUAUUCGUUGAUUGCUCUUGCCAUUGGGCGUUCUGCCCGGUUAAGAUUUCUUGUACAUCAACAGCCGCCUUCUCGGUGUUUUUAACGAAAGGUGUCCACCUGUUCAAUUUGUGAUAGCUUGCAGUACUAAAAGAGUUGAUACUUGAAAUUA